UACGAGCUCCUUCGCCUUUGCGCAAUUUUUUCUAUUCUCGUGGGGAUAGGAUCGUGGCUGGACCGAGGACCCAGGACCCAGUUACUGUUGAGAGACGUCUGACUGACUGACUGAAUGAGCUCGACAAACCGCUCUCUCCCCUUUCAAAACCGCGUCUCAAGCAUGGGAAUUCCUUCUUGGCCCGCCUCCCUGUGCCUCCUGCAUCCGAUUCGAAGCUGGAGCCGUGUUGUGUUCUUCUCUGCUGAGUCUCGUGAGCGGAACCGACUUAUUUCGAGAGCUUGCAGAGAUUUUGUUCCUGGAUUUUUGAUCCCGGGUGUUUGUGCGAGGUGGUUUGCUGGCUGCAGUUGGCUGGAAUUUUGUCUUCCGGUUUUGAUAGGUUUGGAGGAUCAUGGGAUGCAUCUUUUCUUCCGAUGCUGAUGACGGAGGUCCCUUAGAAGCUCCCGUUCAGUCCAGUGAAGUAUUUGCUUUUGUGCCCGGCUUGAGGGAACCUAAGCAGAGUGAGAUCGCAGUGAACCUGAAGGGAAAAGUGUCUCCGGCGUUGGCUACGAAACUGAUAUCACUUCGGUCACAAAUAAUAUCCCUCUCCGGCAGAAAUGGGUCUCUGGCAAAAACAAAGCUGCGAGCCAAAUCGAUUGAUGAUGACACCAGUCACCUAAAUUUGGAGAAGGCUUUGAAUGAAUAUUUACCUGUAUUGUUGGGUCUCGUCGUAGGAGGUGAGAAAUUGAGUUCGGCUGUUAAAUUUCCCUGGACCAACGUGGUUGACGCGAAAAAGGAUACUGCAAUUGCAAGUGGGUAUUAUGAGUUGCUGUCCGUGCUACAUCUUUUAGGGAUGCUGGCUCUACAAGAAGCCAAUGCAUACUUAACAUCAAAACCGCCAGCAGAUGGGUACUAUUUCAAAGUUGAUGAAGGCAUGUGCUUUGCUUUGCAUCCAGUCUUUGCUUUUGGGCGGUACUUAUCUGCGAGUCUUUCUUCGCACAAUGUAUCCGAUGAGAGCAAAAGAAGAGCCAUCGAUUUAUUGUUGAAGGCUGCAUCAUACUUCGAGUGUGCCAUAAGAGCUGUGCUGCCCAAUACUCCAGAUGAGAUUAAGGCGAAGUUGCCAGCCGACGUAACCGAGGCAAUGUUUAGGUCUUUGGAGCUGCAAGCUUUAGGCCAGGCCGUGGAGCUGCAAUUGGGAUUUGCGGUUGCCAGUGUGAAAGCAUCUCUCGCAGUGAAACGAAGACUAGCCUGUGAGCAAGUCGAAAUAUGGGAUAAGGUAGUCCAAAAGCUAGGCUCAGUGCCCUUGGCGAAAGCACUGAGGGACAAGCAUGAACUCUUCGUGAAAUGGAAACUUAAUGAAGCUAAGGCGGCAGCCUAUUAUUACCACAGCCAAGUUCUCGAGGAGGGGUGUGAAGACAACGUACACGCACAGUCUUUAUCGUGCAUGAAAGCCUCACAUGCUUUUUUGAAAGGAAGUCAAAAAGCUCGAAAUGAGUUUGGCAACACGGAACCUCUUACAAAACUUCCCAUAGUGUGGGGUUCGAUGAAGUACCUCUCAAACAGAAUACCCAGGGAGACGUCGAGCAAAGGACGCAUUUUCAGAGAUAAUUACCUGAAUGAAAAAAUGCCACGGAGUCCACCAAAGUUGCCCGAGUUUCCGAUUGCAUUGGUAGUAGACCCAUUUUCCUUGCCUUCACUCGAUCCAGCUUGGAUGAAGGAGCGCGGAUACGAAGCAAGGACUUCCCUUACUCCAGCUGUACCAGUAUAUUAUACGCUAAAAGAUCAAAUCCAGCCACCAGUUCCGGAUUUGAGCGUGGUGGGACCUAUGCCACCGCCAGCAACAGUUACCGAUUUGCAUGCAUUGGUGUCUUUGACAUCCGUCUAUGAUGUAUGGUGGGAUGACGUGAAACGUGAAUAAUUUCGAAUAUUCAAGCAUUUGAAUUUUACGGGAGGCUUCAAGGGGAGUCUAUGAUCGGGAACGAGUCUGAAUAUUCAUGUUGUGAGCUUCUCGAAAUACCUCCGUGGAAGAACUCUUGUGUAGUUCGCACAAUCGGGGGGAAAUUGGAGUUCCAGAAGGAAUGCGACUACCAGCUCCAGAACGAAACAAGGUCACAUUAUUCCAAGUGUUCAUUGAUGACAAGUGUUGGAUCAAGGUUUGUGAGGCUGCUUCUCUAAACAUAAGGUGACUGGAUUUGCUGACUUUGUGAAGUACAAAUACAUCAUUGUGCUGUAAUCUACAUUCUUUGCAAUUGAACAAAGUUUGAUUUGCGUGAUUUUUGGUAGCUGUAUAGCUGGCUCCUUUAGAAACACCUCUUUCAACUUCUUUUAAGUUUAGUUAAUUGAAAAUAGUAUAUUAUUAAACGAUUGGAUCCGGGUGUUGGUUAGCUAGCUGUUGGAAGCUGUAAACGAGUAUUGAAGUAUUUACAGUAUUUACAGUAUAUUUGAAUGCUGACAUAUUGAUACCCUCAAAUUCAAAUUAUAACGUAUGGGAUUUUACGAGUAAUUUAGAGCUUUCUUAUUCUGUGACUCAAAAAGUAUAUGUUCCCAACCAAGAAGUACACCAACUUUUUAUAAAAUGAUUUCCAUUUGUCA